CUUAGGGAAGAGAGAGAUUUCUGGAAGUAAUAAGCUCCCUAGCAAUGGCAAACUCAGAGGCUCGAACAAGUAGUGAUGCUGCACAAGUAUUAGGAGGCGAAUACCAAGUGUUCUUGAGUUUCAGAGGACCUGACACUCGUGCUGGAUUCACAGACUUUCUCUACCACAGCUUGGUAGAAGCUGGGGUUCGCGUAUUUAGGGAUGAUGAGGAACUUCGCAUCGGUGAUGUGAUAAGUGGGAGCCUUCAACAUGCUAUCAAUAGCUCCAAAAUGUACAUUCCCAUCUUCUCUCGGACUUAUGCUUCCAGUAAAUGGUGCCUUUGGGAGCUCAAGCACAUAGCAGACAACGUGUCCAAGUCAAAGGGUAAAAAAAGCAUCCUUCCUAUUUUUUUCGAUGUGGAACCUGACGAUGUUAAACUUAAGACUCCACAAUAUGAAAAGGCUUUACGAAAACACGCGAAGAAGUUUCCUGAUGAAGUCAAGGCAUGGAGAGUGGCUCUUGCAGCUGUAGGCAAAAUCAAGGGGUUGAAUGUGAAAUCAAGCCCAGCAGAAAUUGUCAAUUUGGUUGUUGGAAUGGUUUUGGAGAAGCUUGAGACAAAACAAGAAACAAUGACCAAACAUUUAGUUGGACUUGAUGAUCGAGUAGAACACUUGAAAAAGUCGUUAGAUGUCAGCAAUCUUGAUGUGCAUCUCAUUGGAAUUUUUGGAAUGGGAGGCAUUGGUAAAACAACUAUUGCCAAGCUUGUUUUCAAUCAAUUGUCUUCCCACUUUGGAAAGUUUUGUAGCUUCCUUGAGAAUGUUCGAGAAAGGUCAUCAACUGAGGAGGGCAUUGUCAAGUUGCAGAAAAAAUUACUAUCUGACAUUGGCUUUGGAUCUAUGGAAAAGGUCGAGGAUAGUGCAAAAGGAAUGAAGAGGAUUGGAGAAAUACUUGUCAACAAGAAGGUCCUUGUGGUUCUGGAUGAUGUUGAUAACAAAGAGCACAUUAAGAAACUAAUAGGAAUUUCCAAAUUACAUUCAGGAUCCAGGAUAAUCAUUACAACAAGAGACACAACCAUUCUGAAAGUUGAGGGAUUUAAAGGUGAAAUUCUACAGUAUGAGAUGCAAAAGAUGGAUAAUGGGCCUGCACUUCAGCUUUUUUGUCAACAUGCCUUUGGUAGAGACUUCCCUUCAAAUGAUUUGUAUGGGCUUUCAAGUAAAAUUGUCUCAUUUAUGGGAGGGCUUCCAUUGGCUCUUGAAGUGGUAGGUUCGUCACUUAAGGAGAUAAAAAACAAAGAUCACUGGGAAGAGACUUUGGACAAGUUAAGGAAAGUACCUGAGGAAGCUGUUCUAGAGAAGUUGAUGAUUAGCUAUGAUAAACUAACCUCACAUCAGCAAGAAAUUUUUCUCGAUAUAGCAUGCUUCUUUUUCAAAGAGAAGAAGACCGAUGCAAGUUACGUGUGGGACAUUUGUCAUUGUUAUCCCAAAGGAGGAAUUAAAGUCCUUACGGAGAGGUGCUUAAUAAAGAUAUUGGAGGGUGAAGAGUUUUGGAUGCAUGAUCAGCUAAUAGCACUAGGAAGGCAAAUUGUCCGCGACAAAAGUAAAGAUUGCCUUGGAAAGCAAAGUAGGUUGUGGAUUGUAGAAGAGUCCUUGAAAAUCAUAAGAACUGAGGAGAGGAAGGAUAAUGUUCAAAUGCUACAGAUAGUUAGACCACCUAACAACAUAGAGAUCACCAAUGAAGAGUUUGAAAGGUUACAAAACCUGAGAUGCCUCAAGUUAAAUCGGGGAACUUAUGUUGGGGACUUUACAAGGUGCAGUUCGAAUUUGAGAUGGUUUUCUUGGGAUUCUCCUAUUGUGAUAAAUUUUAGGGCAGCGAAUUUGUAUUUGGAUCAUCUUGUUGUUUGUAAACUUCAUGAUCUUAACUUCAAGAAUGAUUCAAAAGCAUGGGACUUGAUCAAGAGGUCGCAGAAUUUGAAAGUUCUCUCUAUUACUUCGUGUUCUGGCAUAACAACAAUCCCAAACAUCUCCAGAUGCUCGGCUUUAGAGAGGUUGACUCUUGCACAUUGCCAUAAUCUAAAGAGAAUUGAAAGCUUCAUUGGAAAUCUACAGUCGUUGGUUGAGUUAAAUAUCGAAAUGUGCAAUAAUUUUACCAAUUUGCCUGAAGAAGUGGGGGCGUUAGAGAAGCUUAAGCACUUGUCCUUGUCAGGAUGCGCAGGAUUAAGAGAACUUCCAAGCUCACUUGGCAAUUUAAUCUCAUUGACAGAGUUAUACUUAUCAGGUACGAACAUUGUCAAACUUCCAAACUUCAUUGGAAAUUUGAAAUCAUUACGUGUAUUGCGUUUGUCAAGAGACCAAUCGCAUCAUUUAGAGUUUUCCUGGGUCACUAGCAUGUUGAACGAUCUUGAUGAGCUUCUAGGGACAAUGAAACUUCUCGACUUCCUUUUAAAGUGGGCAACAUACGAUGGAUUCUCGCAUCACCCAUCUUCAUACUGUCCUAUUUGGCAGUUACCUAGUGACAUUAGCACGUUGAAAAAUCUUGAAGAGCUGGAUCUCUGUGGGUAUGGUGAAAUUGGAAUUGAAAUUCCUGAUGGAAUUGGAGAAUUGUCUUAUUUAAGAAAUCUAAAUUUUGAGGAUACCUAUAUUUGUGGAAUUCCAAGGACAAUCAAGAAGCUUCAUCACCUCCAAACACUCAAUUUAUGGAAUUGUAAUGCGAUUCAAGAAUUGCCGGAGCUUCCCUCAAGUCUGACCUAUCUUGCUCUUAGAUCUCAAUCAUUGAUCUCAGUCCCUAAUCUGUCGAACCUUACCAAUUUGGUUGAACUACAAUUAAGUGAUGGCUCUCUUGAUACAGACAAAUCAAACCUUAGAACAGCAUGCAAUAUCAGGGGGAUUGGGAAGCUAUCUAAACUGAAAAGGUUGUAUUUGAAUCUGCUAUAUGUCUAUGCUCCUUCAAAAUUUGCUUCUCUUCCUGAUCUGGAAGCACUUGAGUUGUAUGGCCUAAACCUAACACCUCUCGAGCAGCUUCCGUCCUCCAGCAGGAGUUGGAGAAAUUUGUUGACUUUAAAUUUAUAUUGUUGUGAAAUGGAAGACAUUCCACAUGGACUUCCACGACUGGAGAAUUUAAUAGUUAGCAGUUCUGAACUCCUUCAAAAAUUAACCAUUCCUUCGGAAUUAAGGAAGCUACAGCAAGUGCUCGUGGAACAUUGUCCGGCCCUAGUUGAGAUACAAGUUGUGGGUCCUUUGGAUUCAUUUAAGUCCUUGGCGGUUUUUGACUGCGAAUCUCUGGCAAAAAUAGAUGGGUUAUCAUCCUUGAACCUGGAGAACUUGUCAAUCGGAGAGUGCAGUGUACUUACUAAUGGUGAGGGCCUAAACGAGCUGGAGUCUUUGCAAAUCUGCCCGGUCCACAUAUGGCCGUCAAUGAGAAGCUUCACCGAUGUAUCUUGCACAAAUAGACCAUAUGUUUACUACGUCCCAAAAUGGGAGCGUGAAAUGCCCAUUUGGAGUGGAAGGACGUGGAAGCCUUACCAAAAGAAGAUUCUUGUGCAUAAAUCAUUUAAGGUGCGACAUCUUCUUAAUCAACAUAUAGUUGACGUGCGUGAUUGCACGGAUUUGAAACUUGAUUGAUUAUAAUGUCAGUUUGAUGCUGUAAUUAGAUAAGACAACAUAAAUUGUAGAAAUUUAUUUAUUUUUUCAAAUUUACAUGGACAAAAAUAUAUUUGCUAAUCAAAUGAUUCAAAUCUAUUAGAGAUGAUGUUUAAAUAAUUUCAAAUGCAUAUAUUCCUUCUACAUGUUCUUUUUAAUUUGAAAUGAUCUUUUCUAUCAAUUAAACAGAUAUUCAAAUAAAAGCAUUAUAAAUUUAAAUCUUUAUAUUUUUAUACAAUUAAGUGCUCGAUCUUAUGUAACAUGAUAUGCGUUUAUAUUGAUGUCAUAUCUUUAGUUUGCAUCUUGAACUUUGGCAUUGUUGCGCAAAACCCAACAACCUUUUCUACCCCCUCAAGAGAACUUUUAAUUUACGUUGCAUCCAUUAGCUUUUCAGUCUGCAUAGCCGUUAGGGGUACCUAAAAUAGACUAACUCAUUUUUCUUUACUGAUUUUCUCAACUAAUUUUGUUAAUCAUGCUUCAUGAUCUAUUUUCAUUACUUCAUAAACCAUGUAGUAUAUGUAAUUCUAGUCAAAUUAGACGGCCCCGCAAACAGAAGAAGUAAUUGCUGAAACAAAAUGAAAGUGAGGUUAGUAAUCUAUACCUUUUCAAAGUUUGUAUGG